ACUUCUGUCACGUGCCUGUCAAACCUCGUUCCCUCGCGCAGCCGUCGUCAACACAACUGAAGGAAGUAACAAGAAGCUAACCUGGUUAACGAAAACUAACGGCUACCGCUAAUACAGCGUUUACUACUUGUUUUAACUGAAGUAAAGGUUACGUUUGUCUUUAUCGACACAUUAACUGACUGCCUUUGUUCGGGUUUCAGUUGGCAUGGAGUGAGAGGGGACAAUGUUUAGUAGCUUGCUAACUUCUAAGCUAGCAGGCUAACGAUCAGCUGUUGUUUUGGUCGGAGAGCUAGCUGGCUAACUAGCCAAACUGCAUAGCAUUACAGAAGUCCCAAACCAGAUUUCCUCAUUUCCUGUCGAAACUAUUGAACUGCUCGGUCUUUUAAUGGCGACACGUAAAGGCGUACCACCCUGACAGACUAACCAGCGGUCAGUCAGUGAGCUGUUGUCCCGGCAGGCAUCAACUUCGUGCGGGAUCGAUCCAUCAGAGCGGUCUGUAAUUUAAUAUAUUGCUUCAAAAUGCAUGACGCAUAUGAACCAGUGCCUAUUCUGGAGAAGCUUCCUCUUCAGAUAGACUGUCUCGCAGCCUGGGAGGACUGGCUGCUUGUGGGAACAAAACCAGGGCAUCUUCUUCUCUACCGAAUAAAGAAGGAUGCAGGCACCAACCGGUUCGAGGUGACACUGGAAAAAUCCAAUAAGAACUUCUCAAAGAAGAUUCAGCAGCUUUACGUUGUCUCGCAGUACAAGAUUCUUGUGAGUCUUCUCGAGAACAACAUCCACGUCCAUGACCUCCUGACCUUCCAGCAGAUCACUGUUGUGUCCAAAGCCAAAGGAGCGACGCUCUUCGCCUGUGACCUGCAGAAAACCAGCUCAGGAGAGGAAAGGUUGAGACUGUGCGUCGCAGUGAAAAAGAAGCUCCAGCUGUAUUACUGGAAGGACAGAGACUUCUACGAGCUGCAGGGGGACUUUGGUGCUCCAGAUAUUCCAAAGUCUAUGGCUUGGUGUGAAAACUCCAUAUGUGUUGGUUUCAAGCGAGACUAUUACCUCAUUCGGAUGGACGGCCGUGGCUCCAUCAAGGAGCUCUUCCCCACUGGGAAACAGUUGGAGCCUCUGGUUGCCCCACUGGCUGAUGGGAAGGUGGCCCUCGGCCAGGACGACCUCACUGUAGUGCUGAAUGAAGAGGGCGUUUGCACCCAGAAGUGUGCGCUGAACUGGACAGACAUCCCUAUAGCAAUGGAGCACCAGCCUCCGUACAUCAUCGCUGUUCUGCCUCGGUACGUGGAGAUCCGGACGUUUGAGCCGAGGCUGCUGGUGCAGAGUGUGGAGCUGCAGAGACCUCGCUUCAUCACGUCAGCAGGGCAAAAUAUUGUGUAUGUUGCCAGCAACCACUUUGUGUGGCGCCUGGUGCCCGUGGCGAUAGCCAGCCAGAUCCGGCAGCUUCUCCAGGACAAGCAGUUUGAGCUGGCUCUUCAGCUGGCGAUGAAGGACGAUUCUGACGGUGAUAAGAAGCAGCAGAUCCAUCACAUCCAGAACCUCUACGCCUUCAAUCUGUUCUGCCAGAAGAGAUUUGAUGACUCCAUGCAGGUGUUUGCCAAACUGGGCACAGAUCCCACCCAUGUGAUCGGGCUGUACCCAGACCUGCUCCCCGCAGACUACCGCAAACAGCUGCACUAUCCCAACCCUCUGCCCACUCUGUCCGGGGCCGAGCUGGAGAAGGCUCACCUGGCUCUCAUCGAUUACCUCACCCAGAAACGCAGCCACCUUGUGAAGCAGCUGAACGACUCCGACCCUUCUAUAACGUCUCCGCUCAUGGAGGGCACGCCCACCAUUAAGAGCCGCAAGAAGCUCCUGCAGAUCAUCGAUACCACCCUGCUGAAGUGUUACCUGCACACCAACGUGGCCCUGGUGUCCCCCCUCCUGCGCCUGGAGAACAACCACUGCCACAUCGAGGAGAGCGAGUACGUCCUGAAGAAGGCGCACAAGUACAGCGAGCUCAUUAUUCUCUAUGAGAAGAAGGGCCUGCACCAGAAAGCUCUGCAGGUGCUGCUGGAUCAAUCCACCAAGGCCAACUCUCCGCUGAAGGGCCACGAGCGGACCGUGCAGUACCUCCAAAGACUGGGAGUGGAGAACUUGGGAAUAAUCGUGGAGUUUUCUCCCUGGGUGUUGAAGAUCUGUCCUGAGGACGGCCUGAAGAUCUUCACCGAGGACCUGACGGAGGUGGAGACUUUACCCAGAGACAAGGUGCUGAACUUCCUGAAGGAGGGCUUCAAGGAGCUCGCCAUCCCAUAUUUGGAGCACAUCAUUUACGUGUGGGACGAUAAAGGCCCGGAGUUUCACAAUGUGCUGAUCCAGCUCUACCUGGAGAGGGUUUCAAGGCCUCAUGAAGCAGUACCUCAACUCCCUGCCAGAAGAUCCCACCCAUGUGAUCGGGCUGUACCCAGACCUGCUCCCGCAGACUACCGCAAACAGCUGCAAUAUCCCAACCCUCUGCCACUCUGUCGGGGCCGAGCUGAGAAGGCUCACCUGGCUCUCAUCGAUUACCUCACCCAGGGUAAACGCAGCCACCUUGUGAAGCAGCUGAACGACUCCGACCCUUCUAUAACGUCUCGCCUCAUGGAGGGCACGCCCACCAUUAAGAGCCGCAAGAAGCUCCUGCAGAUCAUCGAUACACACCCUGCUGAAACCAACGUGGCCCUGGUGUCCCCCCCCCUCCUGCGCCUGGAGAACAACCACUGCCACAUCGAGGAGAGCGAGUACGUCCUGAAGAAGGCGCAAAAGUACAGCGAGCUCAUUAUUCUCAUGAGAAGAAGGGCCUGCACCAGAAAGGCUGCUGGUGCAGAGUGUGGAGCUGCAGAGACCUCGCUCAUCACGUCAGCAGGGCAAAAUAUUGUGUAUGUUGCCAGCAACCACUUUGUGUGGCGCCUGGUGCCCGUGGCGAUAGCCAGCCAGAUCCGGCAGCUUCUCCAGGACAAGCAGUUUGAGCUGGCUCUUCAGCUGGCGAUGAAGGACGAUUCUGACGGUGAUAAGAAGCAGCAGAUCCAUCACAUCCAGAACCUCUACGCCUUCAAUCUGUUCUGCCAGAAGAGAUUUGAUGACUCCAUGCAGGUGUUUGCCAAACUGGGCACAGAUCCCACCCAUGUGAUCGGGCUGUACCCAGACCUGCUCCCCGCAGACUACCGCAAACAGCUGCACUAUCCCAACCCUCUGCCCACUCUGUCCGGGGCCGAGCUGGAGAAGGCUCACCUGGCUCUCAUCGAUUACCUCACCCAGAAACGCAGCCACCUUGUGAAGCAGCUGAACGACUCCGACCCUUCUAUAACGUCUCCGCUCAUGGAGGGCACGCCCACCAUUAAGAGCCGCAAGAAGCUCCUGCAGAUCAUCGAUACCACCCUGCUGAAGUGUUACCUGCACACCAACGUGGCCCUGGUGUCCCCCCUCCUGCGCCUGGAGAACAACCACUGCCACAUCGAGGAGAGCGAGUACGUCCUGAAGAAGGCGCACAAGUACAGCGAGCUCAUUAUUCUCUAUGAGAAGAAGGGCCUGCACCAGAAAGCUCUGCAGGUGCUGCUGGAUCAAUCCACCAAGGCCAACUCUCCGCUGAAGGGCCACGAGCGGACCGUGCAGUACCUCCAAAGACUGGGAGUGGAGAACUUGGGAAUAAUCGUGGAGUUUUCUCCCUGGGUGUUGAAGAUCUGUCCUGAGGACGGCCUGAAGAUCUUCACCGAGGACCUGACGGAGGUGGAGACUUUACCCAGAGACAAGGUGCUGAACUUCCUGAAGGAGGGCUUCAAGGAGCUCGCCAUCCCAUAUUUGGAGCACAUCAUUUACGUGUGGGACGAUAAAGGCCCGGAGUUUCACAAUGUGCUGAUCCAGCUCUACCUGGAGAGGGUUCAAGGCCUCAUGAAGCAGUACCUCAACUCCCUGCCAGAAGGAGUUCCAGCUGUUGCAGCGGGGAAGGAGGAAGGAGAUCUGGGAGAGUUCAGGAACAAACUUCUGUCUUUCCUGGAUAUUUCUACCAGCUACGAACCGUCGAGGCUCAUCAGUGACUUUCCCUUCGAUGGCCUGCUGGAGGAACGGGCGCUGCUUCUGGGUCGGAUGGGUAAACACGAGCAGGCGCUCUUUAUCUAUGUGCACAUCCUGAAAGACACCCGCAUGGCUGAAGAAUACUGUCACAGCCACUACAACAGUUCAGAAGGGAAUAAAGAUGUUUAUCUGUCUUUGCUGCGGAUGUACCUGUCGCCCCCCGACGUGCACUGCCUGGGGCCCGUCAAGAUGGAGCUGUCGGAGCCUCAGGCCAACCUGCAGGCCGCCCUGCACGUCCUGCAGCUGCACCACAGCGAACUCAACACCACCAAGGCCAUCAAUCUGCUCCCGGCAAACACUCAGAUCCGAGAGAUCCGGGUGUUCCUGGAGAGCGUCCUGGAAGAGAAGGCGCAGAGGAAACGCUGCAACCAGGUGCUGAAGAGUCUGCUGCAGGCCGAGUUCCUCCGGGUGCAGGAGGAGAGAAUCUUCCACCAGCAGGUUAAAUGUGUCAUCACAGAAGAAAAGACCUGCAGAGUCUGCAAGAAGAAAAUAGGAAACAGUGCGUUUGCCAGGUAUCCCAACGGCGUGGUGGUGCAUUACUUCUGCUGCAAAGACCGCACCGUGUGUCCCACUGAGCAGUAACUGCCCCCCCCCCCCCCGCGCUCUGUGGACUUCAACGCUCGGACAUUUUGAACUAGAAGCGCAUCGGGAGGUUGGAGGUGCUCGAGGUUAAUUUCCAGGCUGAAGAAGUGCAGACUUUCCUCUGACCUGAGUUCACCUCGGGCGCCGUCGUGCUGCACGCCGGGCAGAGCGAGGAAUCAAAGGCUGAGACUUUCUUUCUGUGUGUGCAUGAAGUAACAGGAGGAAUGUCCGGGUCGCUCUACAGGAGGGAGAAAUAAAGAGGGAGUCUGACAUUUGAAAAGCAUGUGUCACUGUAACGCUAGAAGAGGUUCACUUCCCCUCACGUCGCCUCGCAAGAAAAAUGGGCGCUUGUGUCAGACGCCAGAGGAAGUCAGUGCUCGCUCUCCAGAGGUUUUGGUUUCCUGCCUCUCACUGUCUCCCACUCCUCCCGUCGCACUGCUUGACAUGCCGUAUACGCUCCGCAGGAGAACAGUUCAAAUGCCUUUUUGUGACGAAGAUUGUACGUUUGUUUGUUAGCAUGUGUCGGUACUGACGAGCAGAAACAGCGUUCGUCUCUCCGUGAGCUUUUGUAUUUUAAUUUAAACACGUGAGGCUUCUAACAUUAUUCGUAAAGAUGUUCUCACAGAGUGAAUGAUUUCUAUCAUACAUGUCUUUUUUUUAAGUACUCGUGUGUUCUGUACAGGUGUGUUACGGCCAUUGUAGGUUAAAACAAUAAAAACAAUCCGGGUACGGGGGGGGUAAAGGCCCUGGAAAUAAUCCUAACGCUACCAGAGAAUAUAAAGAUAUUCUCCGGGAUUAAAGUGCUCAUUUACUGAAUAUUCUCUGAGAUUAUAAACUCUUUCAUGUCACCGCUCUCAUGCCUGUAGUGGACGACCGCUCAGAUUAUAUUCAGCAAUAAGGAAAUACUUCCGUAGCGAUGUGGUACCUUCUUUUCUCUGAAUAUUAACCCUCUCCGCCGGCUCCAUAAUUAAAUAAAUAAUAUAUAUAUUAUACCUGCGGUGGCCCUGAUACGCCGUCAAACCUUUUUGAAUUCAUUUUUUGUUUCCUGCACAUUAAAGUUUAGGAAGUAGAACUUUAAAGUGAGACUGUAACGUUUGAGCAUAACAAGUUGAAAUUAUGAUUUAUAAUCACAAUCCUUUGCUUUAAAGACGAAGCUGCAAUAAUUAUUUGAUUUAUUAUCUAAAUUAAUCUGCAACUAUUUUGAUAAUUAAUUAAUAAUUUCGGUCUUUUUUUUAUUUAAAGCAAAAAUGCCCAAAUUCACUGAUUCAUCUUCUUAAAUGUGAGAAUUUGUUUUCCUUGAAGACGUCACUGUGCGCUUGGAGAAAUUGCUUUUUAUUCCUACAAAUUGUAUUAAUAAUUAGAAUAAUCGCAGCACUGUUGCAUUAGCAGAGAGACGAGUCUCCGUCAUUAUUUCUUAUGAUUUCAACUUUUUAUUUUUUAGGAGGAAGUUACAGUCACUCUGAGAUUGAUCACAAAGUUACGUACAGCACUUUAAAAGUGGACGGAUGUUUUAUUUAUUGUCAAAUCACACGUGUGCGUGAGGAGAACUGGGAGUGACGUGACGGACGAUGAAGGAACGAUUGAUCCAAGAUGUCUGUUUACCGUCCGCCUGGCCGUCGCUCCCAAGUUCACUGAAGAACUAAAUACAAGCAAUGAAUGUAUGUUCUGUUGACAUGACAUUAAACGUGUCUUUUAACCACUAAGUCCAGAAACAUUUUAAGUUUGUAGCAUCGUCGUCAUCAAGUCUCUCGUGCUCUUUAAAGGUUUGCACACGUCCUCUGCUCAGACUGUUUCUCAAUGUAGUUUAGUUUCAGGGGGGCCAUUUGUCCCGCUGUGUUACAAAGACCUUAAUCACACGUUUCUCACUGAAGUUAUUUGAUUCUGUGCGUCUGUCUGUUUGGCUUUAAUCCGUAAUAAAGAAGCAUUUCCACUGGU